AUGACAAGAAGUUCAAAGAUUAUUUCCACCCCCAUAGUGGGAUUAUUUCUAUUCUUCUGCUGCUGGACAAACAUGGAAAAAGCAGCCGCAGAAGAAGAAAAUUAUAUAAAAUACAAAGACCCAAAACAGCCUAUGAAUGCAAGGAUUAAAGACCUUAUGAAAAGAAUGACUUUAGCGGAAAAAAUUGGUCAAAUGGUUCAGUUGGACCGUGAGAAUAUGACAGCUGAGAUAGUGAGAGAUUACAAAAUUGGUAGCGUAAUAAGUGGUGCAGGAAGUGUGCCUCGUUUGAAAGCCAGUGCAUUGGAUUGGACUAACAUGGUCAAUUACUUCCAAAAUGGUUCACUUUCGUCAAGGCUUGGCAUACCGAUAAUGUAUGGAAUUGAUGCCGUUCAUGGCCAUCAUAAUGUCUACAAGGCCACCGUUUUCCCACAUAACAUUGGCCUUGGUGCCACAAGGGACAAGGAGCUUGUGAAGAAAAUUGGCAUUGCCACAGCACUUGAAAUUAGAGCUACUGGUAUUAAUUAUGCCUUUGCACCAUUGCUUGCGGUCUGUCGAGAUCCAAGAUGGGGAAAGUGUUAUGAGAGCUAUAGUGAAGAUCCUAAAAUUGUUACAGAAAUGACCGAUAUUAUAUACGGCUUACAAGGUGAUAUUCCAAAUAACGUACGAAAGGGUCUUCCCUUUACCGGUGGAAAGGAUAAGGUAGCAGCUUGUGCAAAACAAUUUGUGGGAGAUGGAGGCACAACAAAUGGCAUCAAUGAGAACAACACAGUGAUUGAUUGGCAUGGAUUGCUAAGCAUUCAUAUGCCUGCCUAUGACCAAUCCAUCAUUAAGGGUGUUUCUACAAUUAUGGUUUCCUACUCUAGCUUGAAUGGAACAAAGAUGCAUGCUAAUCGUGACCUUGUAACUGACUUUCUAAAGAAAACGCUCAAGUUCAGGGGUUUUGUCAUCUCUGAUUGGCUGGGUAUUGACAAGAUUACCUAUCCACCUCAUUCAAAUUACUCCUACUCAGUUUUUGCUAGUGUUCAAGCUGGCAUUGACAUGGUCAUGGUUCCGUAUAAUUAUACUGAAUUUAUUGAUACUCUGACUGACCAUGUUAACAACAAGCGUAUCCCUAUGAGUCGUAUUAAUGAUGCAGUUAAAAGAAUUUUGAAAGUCAAAUUCUCUAUGGGUCUAUUUGAGAACCCUUGGGCUGAUCAAACCUUUGUAAACAAGCUUGGAAGCCAGGCUCACAGAGAUUUAGCAAGAGAAGCAGUGAGGAAGUCACUUGUUCUAUUGAAAAAUGGGGAAAAUGCAGAUUCUCCUGUACUUCCUCUGCCCAAAAACACAUCCAAAAUACUGAUUGCUGGAACCCAUGCUAACAACUUAGGCUACCAAUGUGGUGGCUGGACAAUGACUUGGCAGGGACUUAGUGGCAAUAACCACACUGCUGGGACAACCAUCCUAAGUGCCAUUGCAGCAGCAAUAGACCCUAAUACGGAGAUUGUAUACAGCGAAAAUCCUGAUUCUGAAUUCGUCCAAUCGAAUAACUUCUCAUAUGCCAUUGUUGCGGUUGGGGAGCACCCUUAUGCAGAGACAUUUGGGGACAGUCCAAACUUGACCAUUGCUGAACCUGGUCCAAAUGUGAUCAACAAUGUAUGUGGUAGAGUCAAGUGCGUGGUGUUACUCGUCUCAGGUCGUCCUCUCGUCAUCGAGCCCCAUAUUCGGAGCAUUGAUGCUUUGGUUGCUGCAUGGUUACCUGGUACUGAAGGUCAUGGAAUUGCUGAUGUUCUGUUUGGCGACUAUGGUUUCACUGGGAGGCUCCCAAGAACUUGGUUCAAAACAGUUGACCAACUUCCAAUGAAUGUUGGGGAUCCACAUUAUGAUCCACUUUACCCGUUUGGUUAUGGGCUUACAACGAAUCCAAUUGAAUCCAGUUAA